GGGAAAUUACGAGGGUCAUUGAAGCGCGGUCCUCCUUGAACUGCGGUCUUCACUCAGCGGUUCCCGUCUCUCUAGACACAUACAUUUGGGACUAAAGAGGCAUCAGUACUAUUUCAGUGUAAUUUCAAAAUUCCCUAACGAGACUUGUCUUUCACCUGUGUGUGUCGGGGGGUGUUGUGUCCAGACAUGUCUACCGUGGUGAUUUUGUUCAGUCAAAACAGUCCCCCCCCCACCAAAAAAAGGAAGUGCGUCAUUUGAUUUCCGUGUUGACGUCUGUUUUCAGAAAUCAGCGGGUAAAUAGUGUUGCGGUGAGGAUCUACCGCGCUGUUUGAGAUUUAGCGCAGGAGAAAUUUGUCGUCUUGUGCCUUUUGUCUCCAAAACACACAGCGUUAAAAUGGCGUGUAAAAGGGGAGCUCUCAUUGUGCUGGAGGGAGUCGACAAAGCCGGGAAAACGACGCAGUGCAAUAAACUCGUUCAGGCGCUGCAGCAGAGCGGCAAACCGGCGGAGAUGAUCCGAUUUCCCGGUAAGUCUGGUCACUUAACCCUUGCCUUUCAAUUAAAUGUGCAAGAUGAAUAUAAAGCUGUCAUUGCCCUGUCACAUUGAUAUAAUCUGUAGUGUUGCUGUUGAUUUGUGGACAGACAGGACAACAACAAUAGGCCAGCUGAUCAGCGCCUAUCUGGAGAAGAAGAGGGAUUUAGAGGACCAUACUGUGCAUCUGCUUUUCUCUGCAAACCGCUGGGAACUGGUGUAAGACCCCUGAUUUACUGCUGUAACAUAUGCGGACUUCUACUUAAGAACAGUUAUAAAACACUGUUAAAUUGUUCAAACACUUGACCACACCUCAGCUUCUCUUACAAGUGAAAAACUAUAUUUGGUAGCUAUUAUCAGAGCUGUACAACGGCAGCAUAGGUGUGGUCACAGUAAUGGUUCCUAAUUUCCACUAACAAGCAGUCAUUAGCUCGAUGAUGCAGGUUACUUGGAGGCCUCCUUUUUUCAAGCUGUGAUUUUCCUGCUACGAUCAGUCUGUGGUAGGCCUAAGAGGACAUAAAUCCAUACAAUUCAGUUUAUUAUCACAACUUAAUAUCACUUAUCUUAUCUGAAAAAUAUAACUCCUUUUCACAUUAUAACGUCAUGUCAUUUGUCAUGCCAUUUUCACAAGGUAACAAAGCCUGUUUACUCAUUAUCAUUUUGUUGUCAUAAAAUUUGGGUAGACCCAAAACUUGUCUGGUAAUUGUAAUGGGCCAAAGUAUGACAAAUCAUUCUGCCAUCUUAAUUGCAUGCACCUGAGAGCUCAGGUCAUGAGCCUUACCCCAGAUCUGUUCAUAUUUGGGAUGAAGAAUUUACAGUCAAGCCCAAAAUUACUCAUACCCCUGGCAAAUUUUGACUUAGUUACUUUUAUUCAACCAGCAAGUGUUUUAUUAAUUGGAAAUGACACAGGCAUCUCCCAGAGGAUAAUAAAAUGAUUUACAAGAGACAUCAUGGUGGAAAGAAAUAUUUCAAAGCUUUUAUUUACAUUUGAACGAAAAGUGGCAUGUCCAAAAUUAUUCAUACCCUUUGCAAACUGUCACAGUCUAUGGGAGAAUCCAAAGUUCUCUACCAUUCCAAAUAGUCCAAGCUGUUCUAAAGCAUCCUAAUUACUCUAAUUCAUUGGGAACAGCUGUUUUAAUCAACUCAACAGGUGAAAAACAGCUCUCUGCAGUUGGGUUUUGGACAGUCAUGACUUAGACAAAGGAGCUCACUGAGGACUUGUGGCUGUGCAUUGUUGCUGCUCACAAGUCAGGAAAAGGGCUAUAAGGCCAUAUCUAAACGUUGUCAAGUUCCAGUGGCUACAGUGCAAAGUGUUAUUAAAAUACACAAGACAUUCUGCACUGUGGAAAAUCUCAGAGGACUAAAAUGAAGCCUUAAAUGACCCCUGUGCUGGCCAGGAGGAUAGUGAGAGAGGUGAAAAAGAAUCCAAGGAUCACUGCCAAGGCCAUCCUGGUGAAUCUGGGUUCUGCUGGUGGCAACAUCUCAAGCCAGACAGUGCAACAGACACUGCACACUGCUGAGUUCCACGGACGCAGACCAAGGAGGAUGCCACUUCUCCAGAUAAGGCACACAAAAGCCCGCUUGGCCUUUGCAAAAGCUCAUCUGGACAAAGAAGAAGAUUUCUGGUCUAUUAAUUAAUAAGAGGGGUAUGAAUAAUUUUGGACCUGCCACUUUUUGUUCAAAUUUAAAUAAAAGCUUUGAAAUAUCUGUUUCCACCAUGCCUCUUGUACAUCAUCUUAUCUUCUGGGAGAUGCCUGUGUCAUUUCCAGUUAAUAAAAACUUGCUGGUUGAAUAAAAGUAACAAAGUCAAAAUUUGCCAGGGGUAUGAAUAAUUUUGGGCUUGACUGUAUGUGCGCACAAAGAAACCUGGUUAUUUAUACUAGCAGUACACUGAUGACAGUUUUUCAACGACCAGUGCUGAUACUGAGAAAAAAGUAGGCUGAUAGCAGAUAUAAAGGCGGUAUCACUGUGUUGGUUUUUCUUUUCCUUUUUUUAUUGCAUUAGAGAAAAUACAACAAUUAAAUAAUACCAACCAAUGAAAAGCAAAGUUGCUGAACACAAGUGAACAGGGUUUUUUGUAAAUGUUGACAUUAAGAUAUUUAGCUUGGUAAAAUACCAGCACGAAGGAAUUGUAGAUGUCUCUCCAGCCGUGUUGAAUUUUCUUUAAAGAAAUAAAAAUCCAAGGUAAAAAUUGCAAUUACAAAUUUUAAAAGUCACACAUAAAUCCAUUAUUUCAUAAACAUUAGAAUAAUAGAUUUGUUGAAAUACAUUUUUAAUAAAUUUAGAAAACAUGGGCAAAAUCUGUCUGAUUACUAAAAUCAGGUGUUGAAGUAUUUCACAAAAUAUUCAGCUGCAUGUCCACUUAGGCAACCGUAAAUGUGAGGACUCAUCAAUGCAGGAAACACUCAUUAUUAAAAAAAAUGAACAAGUGAGCUUUGUUUCACUAUCACUGGAUAAAGAAUAACAAUAACUUGAGUAGUUAAUAAUCCUCAGAACUCAAGGAUUGUUCAGGUUUGAUCUGUAAACUGUCAAAUCAAAAGAGUGCUUAUUUGUUCUUGUUACUUCUGUCAUACCCUGGCUCAAGGGCCAAGACAAAUGUGGGAAGGACACCGGGAAUACUUUAAAAAAAUGUGGCUUUUUUUAUUGCAAAACAAGUAAACCAAAUGAACAAUCAAUGGCAAAAUAUGGCGUGUCAUAGUCAGUUCAGUCAGUGGUUUAAGUGUGGAUGUGUGUGGAGAUGAAGUGCAGAGUGUUGUCAAGUGUAACAAAUAAAUUUGAAUGUACAAGUGAAGGCUGGGAUAGGUUUGGCAGAAUGAAAGAGAGCAAGCAUUAGCAGGGUUGGGCUUUUAACACUGCCAGGCCCAGGCUCAGGUGAUCCAGAUCAUUGUUAUGAGUGGCACUCAGGUAUCUCUGCAACAAGGGGGAGGAGAUGCAGGGCCGUCACACUUCUCCUGAAACAUUUUUUCAGGUUUAGCCUUAAUAUAUAAUUAAGGCAUAUCUUACACAUCCCUCUGAUAAAAUACUUCUGACCUCAGGCCUCUGAUGAAAAAGAAACUGGAGCAGGGGACCACUCUGGUCGUAGACCGGUACGCUUUCUCUGGAGUUGCUUUCACCAGUGCCAAACCAGUGAGUCUCUGCAUCUACCAAGCUGUUGUUUUAUGUGUGUUUGUGGAAAGCACCAGGUACCAACACAUCUCCAUCUCUUAAAGGGAUUUGAUCUGGACUGGUGCAAGAGCCCUGAUGUGGGACUUCCAAAGCCAGACCUUGUCAUGUUUCUCCAGCUGAGUCCAGCUGAAGCUGCUCGGAGAGGUCAGUUUGGGGAGGAGAGAUAUGAGACCAGUGUUUUCCAGAAAACAGUCCAGCAGAAAUUUGAACACCUGAUGAAGGAUACCUCAGUCAACUGGCAGGUAUGAAUCCUCCACUGAAAUUACAGCAUGAAUAUGAGAUGUUGGUGUAGCCGUUUGGUUUUAGAGGCCAAAUUCUUAGAUACUCUUUAGAUGCAUACUCUCUAAUAGCCAGCAGGUGGCAACAUCACAGGUUGCAAACAGGUGUUUGAUUGAAAGGAAAUAGUUUUUCUCAGCUCAUUUUUGACCUCAAUGAACAUUUUUCUCUUAAGUUUAUGCUCUUGUUCACUGAGUCUUUUUAAUACUGAAUACAGUGUUAAUAGUACACAUACUCUUCAUACAGCCACAUAUUUCUUUGUAUUAUUGUUUUUACAGUUUGUCUCUAUGCACCUCUCCUUUUCUCCCUCUUAACCCAGUUCAGUCUCAGCAGAUGACUUUAAUAUGAGUAAUUCUGCUCAAGGUUUCUGCCUGUUAAAGGAAGUUUCUCCUCUCCAGUGUAAUUUACCCAGUGUAUACUCUCAUAGAUGAAGAUGAGAUAGGAGUGGGCCCAGUCUUACAAGUUGGGACUCAGUCUUAUCCCACCUUUAUGCUAGGUCUUCGUAAUCAUAAAGAGUAGGGACUCUGAGUAGCAGUCUAAGGUUCACUGGUUACUGACACCGCAUCUUUCCAACAACUCUGCACAUACACCCUUUAAUCUACACAUGGUUACUUCUCACAAAAAAUCCUCAAAGAUUAGGAUUAAAAGUGGUUCUUUGGACCCAAGAGCUGUGGUCAGUAUAACAGAGUCAAAUUCUCAAAUUAUGGUCCAGCAAGCCAUAUUGGACCCAGAUCCUCUUCCCUAAAUGUCAACUUUCAGUCUAUGUUUAACAGUCUAUAAAUGCAAGACUAACCUGUUUUAGCUUUCUUUUAGUCUGUUUUAGUAAGCCAUUUGUCAACCUGAAUACCCCAUAAAUUACAGUCACACAUUGAGGUGUAUCUUUAUAAAUUCUGUUUCGAGUGUUUUUAUGCUCCUUUUUCUUGUACCAGUAGAGCAGACUUGAUCUGUUUGUAGGAUAGCAAAAAUUAAUGGCUGUUUUUUGUUUGUUUGUAUGUUUUUGAAAUUUUGUCAAGUUGCUCUGAAGUCACGUUCUCACCCAAAGACACUGAAAUAAAUCUAACCAAAUUGUACCAUCAAACCUGAGACCCUCAGUCUGAUUGUAACCUGAUCCAAAGUACAUCAUAUGCAAGUUGAUUAAAUCAAAGUGCCAUCUGAAACAAGAAUGUGUGUUUAAAGCAGCCUGUUAUUGUUUUUUUCCAGGUAAUAGAUGCUGCCAAGAGCGUUGAUGAUGUGCAUGAGGAUAUCAAGACCCGCAGUCUGAAUGCCAUCCUCGCAGCUCAGAACCUGCCUCUGGGAGAACUUUGGAAGUGAACUUGAGUCUGCCUGAAGGAAGUUGCUGCUGUUACACAUAAACAAAGUAUAUAGUUUGACUCUAGUGCUCACUGAACCUUUCUGAUUUCAAUUUGUAAUUGCUAGAUACAGAUAUUAGUGAUGUGUGUGGGCACUUGUCACCAAAAUGACUUUCAUACCGUAGUGACAUGAAGAGGGACACUGACCAAAUCUCAGAUUCUGAAUUUAUUUAUAUUUUUAAUCUUCUUACAUGUCUAUUGUUCUUUCACCUGUCUAUACAGCGUUUUGAUUAAAUAAAUAAUCUUCAAAUGAA